CUUCAAGCUUCAGUGUUCGCAGAGGAAGGGCGCUUGAGCAACAUGUGCACCCUAACAUGGACAGUUUGGCUAUUACUUGCCCUCACAGCCUUAGCCAUUAACGUUGAAGUUGAAGCGGUCCCUGAUCAUGAAACGGACGUUGCGGGAGGUAAGCAGCACAGUGGUAAUAAUGGUGGUCAUGAUCAUAUUUACGGCGAUAAACAGGGCCACAGUCACAAGAAGGAGCUGUCUAAGGACCAGAAAAUCAUUUUACAAAAAAUUUUUAAUUAUUUAAAGAUGGCUGAUUAUAUGUGGGUGACGGGUGAGUUUACGUUCAUCGAGCAGCGCAUCCCGGUAGACUUCAUUCUGACAGUUCUGUAUAUAGAGGGGAAAUCCAUAAGAAGUAUACAGGUGGAAGAUCUGUGGGAAAUAAUACAGCUGUACGGGGAUUACGAGAUGAAAGCGGAAAGUGAACCUCCAAACCGAGGUAUGAGCAAGUAUGAACAAGUCUUAAUGCUCUAUGUACAGGCGUAUGUAAAACGCAACAAAGAAUGGCGUCGGAGUCGCAUUUACACGGGUGGAAGUACAGUUCCAGUACUUGCAGUAUCGGACAGGUUGAAGGAGACUUCGAGAGAUAUUCUUACCGCCACAACAGAGGAACUGCUAAAAGUAACAAAAGAAUAUGCAAGAAAACACAGGGUUUAUAUACCGUACACACCAGUUACCCAGAAUCCAUCAUACUUAGACAUACACAAAGUUAACGCCAUAAUGGAUUUCUUGAAGACACAAGGGCCAAACGCUACGGGGUCUUUUACGGUUAGUAAAUACCGAAUAUCUAUAGAGUACAUUCUAUGGAAUCUGGCCAAGAACGGAAAAAGUGUCAAGAGUUUAAAGUCAGAUGAAUUGUGGAACAUCAUCCGUGCAUAUGUCCGCGAGACUAAAAUAUUUGAUGCACUGCCUGAGAAGGAAAAGGCAGUACUGCGGGACAUUCUGAACUAUGUGCAAUUGCUGGGCGAUGGGGCGAGAGGUGAAGUGACGUUCAAAAGCCACAAACUCUCAAUAGACUUCAUAAUGACUGUCGUACAUUUGCAAGGCGCAGACAUAUAUUCACUGACGGUGGUAGAUCUGUGGGAACUAAUGAAGAUGUAUGAAGUUUAUGAGAAGAAACUUGGAAGUGAACCACAAAACCGGAAUAUUAGCAAGUAUGAACAAGUCACACUGCUCUAUGCAAUAACGUAUUUGCGAAAUGAUGCUGGGUUUACGGGUCAAAUUGUCAUUGAUGGAGUGAAAAUUCCAGUAUCUUACAUACUGAAACAGUUGAAGAUAUUUGGAAAAGAUAUACGUACCGCCACUAUGGAGCAGAUACAUAUAAUAACAAGUGCCUACUUAAAGAAAUACACCCCUCCUACACGUGUACCCCUGGGCACACAACCAACAGAGGAACAGACACUUGAACUUAGGGCACUAAUAGACUUGCUGAAGACGCAACGGUCUCCCACUGUGGGCUCAUUCAUAUUCAGCGGGUACAGAACUUCUGUACAGUUCAUUCUAAGCUACAUGGCCCAACAUGGACUAAGCAUCGACAAACUGAGCAUCAAAGAGUUAUGGAGCAUCAUGCUCCUGCACGAAAGUAACGAGACAAACACAGCCACUGCAGUAAGUGCAGGGCCAGGCAGUGGGAAAACAACAACAAGAAUAAAAAUAUGUGGAACCGUAACGGAAACACAUGUAAAUGACACACUUCACAAAAUCGUGGACGAACUAUUUUCUGAAGUAAAAAUGCGACUGGAUACAUACAAUUCAGGAGGAAAAAUAUUUCUCUGCAACUCACAAUAACCGAUUUGAGCAUGAAACAUAUCGAUGUCCGCAACGCCACAGCUGCAAACAUACAAGAUUAGAGUUGAUCUGUAAUACCUGAAGACGAAGGAACAACAUUACAAUGGAAAUUUGAAUGUCGAUGGACAUGAAAUUUCAAUACAGUUCAUUGCAGAAAUUAUGAAAAAACAAAAUGUUAAUACGAAUAAUAUAACAACAUCUGUACUGUCUGUAUAAUCCUCGAUAUAUAUAUAUCGCACAAGAAGGAAGCUCCAUUACUGUUAAUCCUAAACCACCCAGUGAAGACAUCUCCAGCCUCGAAGGGGUGCAGCAGAUCCUCAAGGCACAAGGGGACAAUGCCACAGGAGCUGUUGAGAUCAGUGGGUAUAUCAUCCCAUUCCAAAACAUCAAACUUAUUCUUAAGGCGCGAGGAAUCGACCCUCAGAAUGUAAGCCGAGAGCAGCUCUGCAUCAUAACAGAGUUGUCUAUAGAGUUUCAGAAGCAGCCGGGGAAGUCUGAAAUAGGUCCUCAAGCAGUACUGAACUUCUUCAUCGAAAUUCUGUCAAACACUGAGAGUGUUAAUACUUCUGUUCUUGUGGUAGAUGAACACAAUGUUUCCAUAAGCGAGAUCGUGUUUGCUCUCGGCUUAAAAGUUGACAACUCAACCGGUAAAUAUGACACUGCAAACCUUACCACUACCGCAGUGUUGAGAGCAGUACUGGAGGUUAUAGACAAGCAGGGAGCUUCAACCGUUCCCUCUAAAACAGGACAUGGAAAGGAUGAACUGCUCAAGGAAUUCCUUCAAGUCAUCUCGAAUUCCGACAAUGUCGCCAGCACUGCCACUGUGUAAGGCGGUCACCACAUUAGUGUGCAAGCUCUAGAAAGUGCACUAGUUCUACACAUCGAUAGUGCAACAUGGAAAGAUGACACACAAAGCCUUACUGCAGAUCAAUUGUUUUAAACAAUCCAGCACCACUCGUAAGCACCACGCAAAACGCAACUAUUGUCUACUGAAACAUAAGCAAGAGGAGAGACAAUAUUUCUUCUAUCCUGAAUUUCCGCUGCAUUCCUGUGUUCUUAGGAAGAUAUGGGGCAUACUGACUUCUUUCAUAUCCAUGGACACCUACAAUUUAUAUUAGUAAGGGGGACGGUUUACUCUGUUACUGCUUAAUGGGAAAGGUUUCUUCCAUCUGACGUCACACACAGAAUACAGUGUUCGGAGUAGAAGAGGCAGUUGCAGGGGCAACAGAGAAGCAUGCAGUAUCUACAAGAUAUCACCAUAGGAUAUUAGCAGGGCCAGGAUUUUGAUGACCUAAAAAUAUCUGAAAAAUGAUCUAUAAAAUGACAAACAAAUAUUUAAAAAAGUACCUAAAAAUUAAACAAAUGACCUAAAAACUAAUAACCUCACAAAAGUCUCUGUGAAGAUCUGACCAUUUAUUUUCUUUUGCGGAUAGGCCUACACUUUGUUGCAGUAAAAGUUUUGUGGAUUUCUCCUUCCUUGCAAGUUGCACUGCUCGUAUAUGCUUAUCGCGACUCACAUGUUGCUGCACUGUGAAUCUUCUUUCGCCCGAUACGUUUGUUUCGCACAUCUUACAAAAUAGUACUAUCCCAUCAGUAGAAAAAACUUCAUCUCCGAACCCGGGAAACAAUUUGCCUCAAAUGAGACUUUAGGCAUGACUGAAUGAAACUACAGAAACCGAGAGUCAAACUUUCCACUAUGAAGAUCUUUCACUAAUUAACAGUGUGGCAGUGAAAAUAAAUCUAUCUAAGCCAACAAGUUGUUAAAAUGACAUAGUUUCUCGUUGAACAAAGGUACUUAAGAAUACAGGCGCCGACACAGAAUGUUUGCGUAUUGGAAAAAAUAUUUUCUUCAUUGUUGUCCUUUAAAAUGAACCAGCGUCUCCUUGAAUUAUAAAAUUUAUGUUUUUAUGAUACUGAGAUUUCGUUUGAAGUAAUUGACCCUCUGCACCUGUGGGGCGACAGCCUUUAGAAAGACGUGCGACUUAGAAUAUUGUAUCUUCCUAUAUAAUGUGUCUCAUUAUAAAAACAAUGAGAAUAUCACAACAUUUCGUUUAGUUUCCAAUUUCUUGAUUUUAUGACACCCCUCUGGAUUUCUGAGGCAUCAAUUUUAUGACAUAGCGGUGGCUUAGAAAGCGGCGCGGGUCAGUAACGGCAUCUCUGUUGGCUUAGAAAGAGAAAUAAUGCCCCUCUCACAAACAAAUAUAUUAUAUUUAGCGACAGAGGCUAAAGAUACAAAACAAAAUUUACUUGAAGAACACUGAUUUCUACCUCACAAAUCAAAUAUCUUCAGUUUGAUCAUGAAUGUCAAUUAUGAAAAAACGUGAAAGUUAACCAAAAUUGAUGUAAAAUGUGAAAAAAUGACGAAAAAUGAUGUAAAAACUUGUAAAAAUUAUCUAAAACUUAAAACAUACAAAAUAUGACAAAAAAUGCACAAUAAAAUUCACAUCUUUAUAACCAGAGGUUCAUAAUCGGGGCUUUAGUACAUAAAAGCAACGUUUACUACAUAAAGAAAAAAAGAUGACACGUCAUGAAAAUCCGGGCCCUGGAUAUAAGGUUCCAUGUUUAGCCAUCUUUUAGUGCUUCACCCCACACCCACAAUUCCUCGUUGGCAUUCCGAUUCACGCCUAUGCUUCCCUUCCUCUCGGAUAAUUCCCCCUCCCUUUCAGUACAAAUUUUCGUUUACAGUUAAUUCAGUCUCCAGGUUUCCAGCAAAUUUCUUGUACGUAGCCGUGCAUUUCGUACAGUUUCAAGUUGAAAGCAAAAAAAACAAAAAAAACAAAAAAAAGAAGUAAAGCUAUCCCUGCAACGGGCC